AUGCUAUGUUGUAGGUCGAAAUUCAGAGCGGUAGAUACACCAAAUUCUGAGAUGGUGCGUGUUGUAAUUAAAAACCAGGUUUUUGAAGUAUCCCCUCGUUAUACUGACCUAAAUUAUAUUGGGGAAGGAGCGUAUGGAAUGGUUGUUGAUGCUUUCGACACAGUAAGAGGUGAGAAAGUUGCCAUUAAGAAGACCUCACCGUUCGAACAUCAAACGUUCUGCCAGCGAACAUAUCGGGAGUUGAAGAUUCUUCUCGGAUUUUCUCAUGAAAAUAUAAUUGAUAUCAAAAAUAUUAUACUAGUCGGAAACACAUUAGAGGAUAUGAAGGAUGUUUAUAUCAUUCAAACACUAAUGGAUACUGACUUGUAUAAAUUACUGAAAACACAGGAGCUGUCAGGAGAACAUACUUGCUAUUUUUUGUAUCAAGUACUCCGAGGUCUCAAAUACAUCCAUUCUGCAAAUGUUCUGCACCGUGAUUUAAAACCAUCUAAUUUAUUGCUAAAUGCAAGCUGUGAUCUAAAGAUCUGUGAUUUUGGAUUGGCUCGAGUUAACGAUCCUGAGCAUGAUCAUAUGGGCAUGCUCACCGAAUACGUUGCUACACGAUGGUAUAGAGCCCCAGAAAUUAUGCUCAGCUCAAAAAGCUACACAAAAGCUAUCGAUAUUUGGUCUGUAGGUUGCAUUUUUGGUGAAAUGCUAAAUCGUCGACCAUUGUUCCCCGGGAAACAUUAUGUUGAACAACUAACCCUUAUCUUAGGAGUUUUAGGAUCACCAAGCCGUGAGGAUCAAGUUUGGAUAGUAAAUGAUAAGGCUCGAAGCUUCGUGGAGAAGUUCAAAAAUAAUCCUCGUAAAUCAUGGAAAGAUAUUUAUCCUUCGGCGGAUGCUAAAACAAUCGACCUGCUUGAUCGUUUAUUAACAUUCAAUCCAACCACACGUAUUACCGUUGAAGAAGCCUUAGCUCAUCCUUAUUUUGAACAUUACUAUGAUCCUAGUGAUGAGCCUGUUGCUAAAAAACCAUUCAGUUUUGAAGAAGAAUUAGAUAAUUUACCUGUUAGACAAUUGAAAAAAAUGAUUUUUCAAGAAGUCAGUCAAUUUCGUGAACCAGAUUGAAGUCCUCUAUCGCUUAUAUAUCUAUCUAUCAGAUGUUUCAUAUAUCCUACAAGCUGUUUAUUUGAUUGUUUAUUCAUUUAGUCAAAUGUGUUGUUUACCACUGAUUCGAUUUAGUAAAAUUUGUAAACAUUCCACCAUAUAUAUAUAUUCCAGAGACUAUUGCUAUGUGAAGAAUGUCCUUUAAAUAAUACACUUGCAUAAUUCCUUCAUCCUACCCCUCUCUCUGCUGCUGUGUUCCCAUAAUAAAUUACAUCUUUCUUUUUCUUUUUCGUCCAACAGAUAUGUAUUUGUCUCUCUUGCCUGUUGUAUUUCAUGCAUGUUCACGUGUUUUUUUUGUUUGUUUGUUUUUACGUUUUUCUGUUGGUCGAUUAUGUUGUCAUUUUAUCUUUUAUCGUUUUGUUUAUUUGUUUGUUUGUUUUUCAAAUAAAAAUAAGAGACUUCAUCAAUUUGACCUAAAAACUUUUUCUCCUAAUAAUAAUAAGGAUAAUUUUUCCUAACCAUAUUCAUCUUGGUGUAAUAAACAAAAAUACAGUUGUGUGAAAAUUGUGCCUUAAUCAAACGGUUAUGUUGUAUUUAUGCUAUUGUUCUGUUCAAUCCGUUCCCUAUUGUGAAAAGUCACAUUAUCAAACAAUCUAAUAUUCAUUCUAUAAAAGAUUCUUUUAUGGAUGUAUUUUGUGUGUAUACAAAAACAGUUAUCAAUUCUAUUGAACGCGUAUUACCCCUUUCUGUCUUGUUUGGUUUUAUAUCCUUAUUUUUCGAUUGUAUUGUUUAUUCUCUAUUAUCAUUGUAGUUCUUCUCUGUGUUCGUUUUGGACAGCUUUGUAUACACUGAUACAUAUAUAUGUUAUACAUAGCUACUUCUUUCACAGUUUGUUUUAAUUUUUCGAUAUAAACAUUCAUCAACUCGUAUUAUUUCACCAUUGGUCUUUCCGUGACUUCUCUAUGGGGUGGUGGUGGCGGCUCUGCGUCAAGCGUAUUACUUGUGAAUGGGGAAAUUUCUCAUUUGAUCCUUUUAUUUGAGAAAAAUAACUUAUUUAUCUUAUCAGAUCGUACGGUUAUCAUCAUGAUCAUCACUUCUCGCAAUUGACUAUCAUAUGUGUGGUUUGUUUUGUAAUUCACUAACUCGUCACCUAAUGUACACAUAAACAAAUCUGUCUUAAUUUUUAUCCUAUCAGCUCCUUUCUUUUUGUUAUUUUUGUUGUCAUCUUCCUUGUUUACUGUCUUUCUUAAUGAGUACAAUUAUCAUCCUUGCUUCGAUGCCCUACAUACACAAACAUUUUUAUAUAUUCUCAUUCUUAUCACAACCAACAAAUAUUGUAUCAUUACACCAUUUUAUAAAGUUGUUUAACUCUUCUGAUGUAUUUAUUUUUGCUGAAUAUACUAACUGUAUUGAUAAUAGACGUUUUAUCUCAUAGUGAUAGUGUGUUUGCGUGUGUGUGGAUUUGUGGAUAUUGGUAUAUCCACCACAUACAUACAUACAAUAUCAUAUCAACCAACCUACAUGUUGUAAAUUCUUAUCAUGUCAUAUGUCUAUACCUUCAGUUGUUGUUUUCGAUUAUUUUUCUUGGUUUAUCUCUAUUUUAUUACUACAAGGUAUGUUUACAUACACAUAUAUGGUUUCGACUCAAGCGCUAACAUUAUUAUUAAUAAUACUGACGAAGAAUCCCUUCUUGAUACUUAACACAUUUGUUCACUGUUAAUCAAGUUAGUAAUUGAGUUACAUCAUUAACCCAUCAGUCAAAAUGUAUACUAACCAUUACAUACUUGUUGAGAUACAUCCUAUAUAUAUACCGAGUUAAUCUGAUUUAUGCGUGUGCGAUGAUACUUGGAUGUUAUUAGCUUAUUUAUUUAACUAUUUUACAUUUUGUAUAACAUGCUUCAAUAUUAUCGCACCUUUUUUUUAGAAGAAAAAGUAUACAGAAUAAACUAUCCAUAAAUGUUAAUUACUGUUAUUAUUAUUAUUAUUAUCAAUAAUAACCUUUCUUUAUAUUUCUGUUUAUAAUACCCCUAUGCUGUAGAAUAUAUAUGUAUACUAUUUUUUUUAAGAGUUGUAAUGGUAUAUUGUUGUAAGUGUAUUGCUAUGCUUAUUGAUGAUAAUCAGGAGGGUGUUAGUAUUAGUUAUUUAUAGGACUGGUUGAAAUAAUUCCUCUUUCGAAGUAUAACUGAGAGUUUUGUGAUUCAUGUAUAAGUAGGUGUAUUUUUCUUUCUUCAUCUGCUCAUGAGAUUGUUGCAUGUUAUUAAUAUUAUAAAUUGAUCUAAAUUAGAAAUCCAUUGAAAACCAGGAAAGAUUGAUCAAUUGUUUCAUAAUACUAUAAGACUCCUUAACAAUAUAUUCAUCAUCCUACCAGGGAUUGAAGCCGGAGCAUUCAUUUUCACAACGAACGCUUAACUUUCAGACUAUUGAUUUUGUAUCCAUUGAUUUGCAUGUCUAACUUCAAUUAAUUCAUGACAUUGCAGUUCAGUGCUUGGUUUUACUGAUUUCUCUCAUUAUAUAUCUCUGCAAAAGUGUCAAAAAGUUCCUUUUCAAGGAAAUGCUAUUUUGUAGACUAAUUUUUCACUGGAGUUGUAGGUGUAUCGCUAAAUUGUCUUACAAUAGAUUCCUAUUUUUCUCGA